AUGCAAAGAAAUGGUACAGAACUGCAAAAUGAAGUAGAAGUUACUAAUUCUGCAAUGGGGAACCUUAAGCAACCAGGGGGCAAGUCUGUUUCUAGAAGAAAAAGAAAAUCAGAAGCUCCUGAGGACAAUGAACUUGUUAUUGUUCAAGAGCCUGUUGAAAAAUUAAACAUCACAAAAUCAAAUAUUUCACAGAAAUCAAACUCAUAUGGUAUGCAAAAGAGUAACAACAAAUCUACCACACAACAGAAAAGAUCUGUCAGAAGAAUUCCAGAAAUUCAAAACUCUGCAGAUUCACAAGAUUUACAUCAAGAUGAUUAUAACAUUAGUGGCAUUGACCUGUUAGCAAAGAACCAGAACAAAUUAAAGGAUUUAAAGAAAUAUGAUAUUGUCAGUUCAGUCCCAGUUUUUGAAAAACUGUGCAGGCGCUAUGAGGUGCUGAAGAAUGAUAGUAAAGCUGCUGCUAUGUCCAAGUAUAUGCGAAACAAAUUUGUAUAUUUUGGAAUUGCAACACCAGAGCGGAAAGCAUCAUGUUCUGACCUGUGGGCUGAGGUAAAAACACUUAGCUCAAAUGAAUUACGCACCCUGGCACAAAUAACAUGGAACUCUCCUGAAAGAGAACUUCACUAUUUUGCGACAGAAUUACUACAGAAAGAGGUAUUCCGCAUUUAUGAAGAUGAAGAUCUGACUACUGGAGAUCUUGCUUUGAAAACACUGGAAUUUGUGAAAACAUUCAUUGAUCAUCCGUCCAGUUGGUGGGACACUGUAGAUGGCCUUUCACCUAAUGUUGUAGGACCACUGGUUCAGAAGUACCCCAAUGUAUUGCUGCCUGAGAUGGACAAAUGGAACCAAAGUUCAUGUUUCUGGGUGUGCCGUGCAUCUCUACUGUAUCAGCUGUCAUUUAAGAAAGACACAGAUGCUGACAGAUUAUUUCGGUACUGCCUGCAAGUCGCAGAGGAAGAAGAAUUUUUUAUAAGGAAAGCAAUUGGAUGGGCAUUAAGACAGUAUUACAGAACAGACCCCAAGGCUGUGCGAGAGUUUGUGCUGAAACACAAGAACAAGUUGUCUCCACUCAGUGUCAAAGAGGCUCUGAAGCAUGACAAGAAGCAUACAUAA